GAACACAAACGUUUAGCUGGUAUUAUAAAAGGGGUCCAUGCCAGUUUACGUCAGAAGCUUCAGUCAAAUGAUGCAGACUGUAAUGAAAUCUGGGAAAACCACUGUCAAAAUAAACAGGUUUUAGUAGAAUACGCGGAAGCCAUGCAUCAUUUAGCUGUAGAUCAUUGGAAUGAUAAAUCAGAGUCUAGAAUAGAAUGGUGUUAUCAAACUAUUAUAGAAUAUUUUUAUAAAGAUGGACUUAGUAAAUUGAUAGCAAAAGAUCUAAGAAGGCAGAGCUCAGAGCAGUCAUCAGCUUCAGUGACUAAUCAGAAAUUAGAUAGUGGGUUAUUCUUACCAAAUACAACAAAAACAUUUAAGAUACGACUAUUAGAUGUUGGUAGUUGUUACAAUCCUUUCAACAUGUUUAACGAGUUCCAAACAGUUGGUAUUGAUAUAUGUCCAGCCACACCUAGUGUGUUCCAGUGUGAUUUUCUCAAUAUACAAACAAUUGAUCCAUUACCAUCUGAGACUAUACAUUCUUAUAUUAACACACUACAUAGUCCCAUUGAACAGUUACCAAAACAACUUUUCCAUGUUUGUGUAUUUUCCUUGUUAUUAGAAUAUUUCCCAUCUCCCCAUCAAAGAUUAUUGUGUUGUAAAAAGGCGCAGGAAUUAUUAGCGUUAAAUGGGUUGUUAUUAAUUAUAACACCAGAUUCUCACAGUCAACAUCGUAACGCUGCCAUGAUCAAAAGUUGGAAAUUGGCAGUGGAAUCACUUGGAUUUAAAAGAUGGAAAUAUGUGAAGAAGGAACAUUUACAUUGUUUAGCAUUCCGAAAGUUGGACAGCAUAUCAUCAGACUUGAUGUCUGAAACAACUCAAGAUUUAAUGUAUAUACCUCAAGAUUUUAAUACUGUGGACUCCCAAGAUAAAAUCACAUUAUGUAAGCCUGAUAGUAGUGAAGAUAAGGAGGUUAAUCAUUUAUUAUUGAAUGAACUACCAGAU